GAGCGUUACACAGUAUAGCACCGUGCCUCAGCGGAGGCAGCAGAUGUGUGGCGGACAGGAGUUCGAGACUGCAUAAGAUAAUCAUGGCAGUGGAUGUCCCUGGACUGGUGGCUGUGGUGGUUUUUUAUAUUGUCAUCCUGGUAAUUGGGGUCUGGGCAUCUCGAAAAUCCAAGAAAGUGGAGAAGAAAUGUGCUGGACGCAAGAGCGAAGUUACCAUUGUCGGUGGCCGCAACAUCAAUGUCCUAGUUGGGGUCUUCACCAUGACAGCCACAUGGGUUGGUGGAGGUUAUAUUAUGGGAACUGCUGAGGCUGUUUAUUCCCCUACUCAAGGUCUCAUUUGGGCUAUGGGGCCUCCUGCGUAUCUUGCCAAUUUUGUUUUGGGAGGAUUGUUUUUUGCGAAACCUAUGAGGUCAAAGCGCUACGUGACCAUGUUGGAUCCGUUUCAGCAUCGUUAUGGCAACAUGUUCACCACGACCUUACUGCUUCCUGCUUUGGUCAGUGAUAUUUUAUGGGUUGCCUGCAUCCUUGCUGCUCUGGGAGGAACGAUGAGCAUAAUUCUGGGGUUGUCGUCUGCCCUCUCCAUCGUUAUAUCGGCAGCUGUCUCCAUCAUCUAUACAUUUCUAGGGGGUCUCUACUCUGUUGCAUAUACUGAUAUCAUCCAGCUUUCCUUCAUCUUUGUCAGCAUGUGGCUCUGUAUUCCCUUUAUGAUACUCAGUCCUGCAGUUUCUGACUUCUCACAAACAACCCACCUUAACCAAACAAGUGGCAACUCGUGGAUAGGAGAGCUGAAGCUGAUGGAUGCGGGGAAAUGGGCGGAUGAGAUGCUGUUAUUGGCUUUAGGGGGACUGGCCUAUCAAGCUCUAUACCAGAGGAUCCUCUCUGCAUCCUCCUCUGCUCAGGCUCAGGUCACCUGUUUUGCUGCUGCUGGGACAGUUUUUAUUAUGGGAAUCCCCUCAUUGGUCAUUGGAGCAGUGGCUGCCUCUGCAGACUGGAACCAGACAGCGUAUGGUCUACCCCCUCCUUUCGAACGAGGGGAGGCAGGGAAGAUCCUGCCGCUGGCCCUGCAGUACCUCACACCCACCUGGGUAUCAGUGUUAGGCAUUGGUUCUGUGGCUGCAGCAGUUAUGUCCUCCAUGGACUCUGUGCUGCUGUCCUCAGCAUCCAUGUUUACACAAAACAUUUACAAGACGACUUUGAGGAAGCAGGCCUCGGAGCGGGAGCUGCAGUGGGUGAUCCGUGUUAGCGUGCUGCUGGUGGGCCUGGCAGGAACAUGCCUGGCCUUUGGUGAUGACAGUGUGUUUUCCUUCUGGCUAGUGAGCGGGGACCUCCUCUACUGCGUGAUCUUCCCACAGCUCGUCUGCGUGCUGCACCUCCGCUAUGCUAAUAUCUACGGUGCUAUCAGCGGCUACAUCGUUGGGCUUCUGCUGCGUGGGCUGAGCGGGGAGCCAUUGCUCGGGAUCCCUCCUCUCCUCCUGUAUCCUGGCUGGAGGGAGGAGAACGGAGUUAUCACACAGUACUUUCCCUACAGGACUCUGGCCAUGCUUUCUUCUGCGAUAUGUAUUAUUACAGUGUCCUGGCUGGUGGAGCUAGGCUUCUGUCGCCAACUAUUUCCUCAGUCCUGGGAUUUACUGGGGGUUUUUGAAGAGAAAAAAGAACCAGAGGCGGGGGAAGUACCUGUACCUCGUGAGGAGAAUAACAGUAUCCUCAAUACAAAAUUUUAGGCUUAACUUCAGUACAACCUCAGCCAAAGUAUACCCAAACCUGUUUUUAUGCAAAUUCCUACCAAUCUCAUCCUCACCUCAUCUCUUUAUUCACAAUCUUACAUGCACUGUAUACCACAUGUGUUUAUAUAUGCUUUACAUGCACCAAACUGAUUCAGGGAGGGAGUUGAGACUUGGUGGGUUUAACAGAACAGGAUUAAGGCCGCAUAUGAAGAGCUUGGAAUUCUGGUCUUAGUGUCAGAAUUCAUUUUAUUGGCCUGGUCGUAAUCCUCUUAAAGUGACCCUCUUUCCUUGGUUGUUCAUCACAGGUAACACAAAAAUUUCCAUAGUUUCUCAAUUUAGUGUUCUACACUCAAACCUUUUCAGUACGUUAAAAUCUUCCCAGAUGGUGUUCUUUAAUUUGUGUAAUCGUUAACCAUUGUCAUACGUUCUCAGAAGUGGUUUUUCCUCCGUGCAUUUAAUAAGCAAUCAUGGGACAAUGCUUGAAUGCUAUUGGAGAUGCAAUAUUUGAGACGUUGGGGCCGAGUGUUCCUCAGAAACAAACAGUCUAGCAGGAGGUAGAAGUGUUCACUAUAAUUUUACUUUUUAAAGGACGGUCAAUGAAGGACCAUCAAGAUAUACAAUUGUGCUUAUUGUUUUUAGAUGGUUUGUGAUUGCAAGUGUUCAUAAAAAAAGAUAUAUGUCUCUGA